UCCUUUUUUGUUUUUUUUUGUUUUUUUGCUUAUUGCAGCACCAUAAUGAGCGGUCAACGUUGUCCUAACGAUAAUCAAAUCAAGGAACAAAUUGUCAUCAUUACAGGCGGUAACAGCGGCAUUGGUUUCGAGAUAGCGAAGGCAUUAGCUACACGUGGUGGACGCAUUAUUUUGGCCUGUCGGAAUAUGCCGGCAGCGGAACGUGCAGCUGCUAUCAUAAAACGAGAAUUGGGCUGUCGUGCCGCGGCUGGUAGAGUCUUCUACGUGGAAGCACGUUACCUCGAUUUGUGCUCCUUUGACAAUGUGCAUCGUUUCGCACGGAAUAUCAUGAGCGAAUUCGAGCGCAUUGACGUGUUGGUAAAUAAUGCGGGCGUGAUUUUUCAACCUACAAACACAACUGUGGAUGGCUUUGAAUUGCAUUUGCAGGUGAAUUAUUUGGCGCAUUUUUUGCUGACACAAUUGUUAUUGCCACAUUUGCGUCGUUCUGAGAAUGGACGCAUUAUAAAUACUUCCGCCCAUGCUCAUGCUGCAGCCAAAAUCGAGUUUGAUGAUCCACUGAAUGUGGGCACAUGGGCUGUUAAGUUUCAUGCACGCGAUGCCUUCUCCCAUUCCAAAUUGUGUGUUGUGUUGGCAACACGCUGGUUGGCGCGAGAACUGAAAGAAAGCAACGUUACGGUCAAUUGUUGCACACCUGGUCUGGUCCGUGGCACCGCACAUUUGCGCAAGUAA